AGCGCCUCUAACCUAGUCGCUUACGCUUCCCGCUCCCGCCCCCCUCCUCCCUCUUCCUCUCUCGUAGACAAAUCCUCCGCCCACGAUGCGUAAAAGGCGGUCGCCGAUUGGCGAAGACAUAACUACGCGGCCGCGACGUCGCAACGUGCAACACAGGACGGCCAAGCCCCUCUCAGAUACCGCUAGGAGACGCACACGCUCUUACCUCGCCACGCGCGAGCCGUUGCCAAUGCUGGACAAGGAGGACCAUCUCUGCUGGCAAGAACCACUUUCGGUGUGGAACCAGAGCGCGCCUCGAGUAUACAUAUGCGUCGUGCUCUGCUUUCCGUGCGAGAACCGCCGCCGGCAAGACGCCAUCCGCCACAUCGAAACCGCUCUAAAGCGUCUAGCUAGGGAACGGCCCGUCUUCGCCGGGCGGCUUCAGGCGAACAUCAACAACGGCAGCGUCUCGCUUCGCCGUUCCCCGCUGCAGGACAUCCCCUUCAAAGUUCUGCACGCAACCGAAGCGAGCCGACUAGACUACGCACGAUUCAAAGACGACGGCUUCCCCCCUAGUGCCUUCAUAAAUCCCCGCUUCGGUGUGUCGGGAAGUCUAAGUUCCAGCCUCGAUUCGAUACCGGUGUCGAAGGUGGAAGCGGAAUUUCCAGACGGCGGCCUACUUCUCUCCAUAUUCCUACACCACGGGCUGGUGGACGGCGGAUCGUUACGCGUGUUUCUAGAAUGCUUCGCGGCCCAAACGCGGGGCACUCCAGUCAACCUGCCUUCGGAGCAGGCGUUUCCGAUAUCGCCUUCUUGGGGCCGCCGAGAUUCGAUACACGUACCGGGGGUGCCUUCAUUCCAGAGUCUGAUCGAGAGGUGUCCGGAAUACACGGUGCUAACCGACUACAGCGGCCCGACGCAGCCGCGACUGGAGAGGGAAGGAGUGGCCAUGGCACGCAUCGAGAAGAUAGGCAAGAUUUUCGUCUUCAAGAACGAUCGACUGCACGAGCUGCGCGAGAUGAUCCGAGCAAAGAACGGCAUGGCGGAACGUCCGUCGGCCUACACGAGCUUGGCCGCCCUCACUUUCGCACACAUUACAAAAGCUCGCGUCGCGACCGAGAAAUACCUACCCAAGGUUCAACCAGGACGGAACGCCAUGCUAUGGAACUCGGUCAACUGGCGGACGAGAGCCUUUCAAGGCGCGACGGACAACUACUUUGGCAACGCGGCCCUACCUGCCGUUACAAAAGCGCCGAUGGUCAAGCUGGCGGCGGCCUGCGACGACGACGACGAGCUCGCCCGUCUCGUGCCGCUCGUGAAGGCAUCAAUCGACGCAGUCGACCAGGAGUACGUCAACCACCGCUUCGCCAUGCUAUCCGAGGUGCCCGACCCACGCUUAGUAGGGGUCAACUAUGACCCGCGAAAGCCAGAGGUGCUGGCGUUCAACACAUGGAGACACUUCGGCGCGGAUGUGGAAUGGAGCAUCCCGGGCGUGCCUGUGGCCAGGGCAGAUGCGAUCAGGAGAGCACACGCUUCGUGGAACCUUGGCACGGCGCUGAUACUGCCGGCCAAGGCAGACUCGAUGAAACAAGAACUCUUCGUGAGCCUGUCGGUCGAGUCGAUGAGGCUGCUGUGCGCCGACGAGGGAUGGACACGGUGGAUUCAUAGGAUCAUAGGUUGAAUUGCUGAUGAGGCUGCAAAAAAAAAAAAAAGUUAUAAUCUAGGCAUUGGCUGUCACCCUGUCGGCUGUGGUACCCCAAGUCCGACGCGGCCGGUUCCAUUUAGGCUCCCUGUCGCUCUAUGACCUGUCAUUUUCAUCGACCG